CAUAUUUUCCGCUAGAUGUUUUGUAAAAAUUAUUAAACCACAAUUCAAAAGUAAAACCUGCUUGAGGAGAAUGUGUUUCAGCAUGAACCGUUGUCGACUUUGUUUGGAGAAUCCCGGUGGAGAGGCAAUGAUACAUGAAAAACAACUAAACAACAUGUUGGAAAAGGUUUUCCAACUUCAGUUCACUGCUGAUGCUAGUUUGCCAGAAAAAGUUUGUGAUUCAUGUGUUUUAAAGGUCCAGGAGUUUUACGUAUACCAGCAGCAGGUGCAUCAAAGCCAACACCAGUUAUUAGAGGAGCAGCAGCGGAAUUUUUAUGAUCCAGAUAGUAUAAAAGAAGAAAUAGUGGUGAAGGUAGAAAAUGUUGUGGACGUUGAGGAUGAAAUCUUAAAUGAAUGCACCAGCAACGGGGUCAGUGAAGCAGAACCGUCACCGUUGGAUGAAAAAUUUACUAGCGAGAGUCGUAUCGAGCAGAUCGAGAUUAUUAACUUAAAUGACUUCGAACUCGAGAACGAUGGAGAGUUUGUUGAUCAAGUAAGCGACGAAAGCCAAGAGGAAGACAACACAAACAUAGUUGUUAAAAGUACUAAAGCGAAGAAAAAGUACACAAAACCUUGCCAAACAACCAGUGGCGAAUUAAGCAAAUCGUCAGAAAAGCGCAUCGAGGAAGACAGUCGCAUUAAAGAAUUUUUUUCUAUGGUAUGCGAGGUAUGUUCCAAAGAGUUGCCAACGUUCUAUCAACUUCAACUCCAUUCUCGCAAAGCCCACAAUUUGCGUGGAUUUAUUAGCUGCUGCAAUAAGAAGUUUUACCGCAAGUACAAGCUUCUGGAUCACAUUACGUUUCACACGACACCGGAUGCCUAUCGGUGUGAGUUGUGCAAGAAAAAUUAUCGCAGUCGUUACACUCUUCGGCAGCACAAUGAAAUGCAUCAUGCCGAGCCAAAUCCAAAGCCAUUUAAGUGUGAUAAAUGCAAUAAGACAUACGAAAAGAAAUAUCAACUUAAAGCACACAUUUUACGGCAUAUGCAACUUCCGUGUCAUUUGUGUGGAAGGAUUGUCUCUAGCGCUCAAGCACUUCGCACACAUUUGAACCAUAUGCACGGAAAAGACGAGAAACUAAUCUGUGAUACAUGUGGGGAAACGUUUCGUACAAAGUCGGCAUUAGAGCGACACAUUCGAAAGCACCUUGGCCAAGAUGUCGUGGUAAAAUGUCAGUGUCCGCAAUGUGGAAUUUGGGUGACCGGUGCUCGGGGCCUAAAAAGUCAUACGCGUAACGUGCAUCCUGAUAAGAAUGAGGUGUUCGAGUGUGAAAUCUGCCAUCAGCGAUGCAAAAACGCCUCAACCCUGUACCAACACCGGAAGGGGGUACACGCGGAGGAUCAGUAUGAGUGUGAAUUUUGUGGUAGAAGGUUUAAGCGUAAAAUCUAUCUAAAAGAGCAUCGCGCCUCCCAUACUGGGCAAUCGCUGUACUCCUGUGAUGUGUGCGGGUUGAAGACAAAUUCUAACGCCAACAUGUAUUCGCAUAAGAAAAACAAACAUCCGGACGAGUGGCGAGAAGCGCAACUCAAAAAACAACUGGCAGCAGCGGAGGCAGCAGAGCGAUCGUUGGCGGCAUCAGGAGUAUAAAAUAAUCUUUUAAUUAUUAGAUUUUAGACGCCGUUGAGAUCUCAGCCCUUGGACCAACUUUGGUCAUGUGGCAUUCAUUAAAAAGUUCCACAAAAUGGUGUUGCUAUCCGGCCGCGGACAAUCAAAGUCCUACCGUAUCACUUUAGGACGCACUUCAGGAUAA